CAAUGGAAGGACGUUACCACUCCACGGCAUAACUAGACGUCCUGCACCCGUUUGGAAGCUUCGCGAGCGAACCCUAGCUAUGCUUAGGCCCAUACAACAUCCCAAAUAGGUUGCUGUUUUGGCCAACUGCUUACGCUAGCUGAUCUUGUUCCCGAAGAAGCGCUUAAUAGACCGACGAGCGCGUCCUCGCAGGGCAUUAGCCCACGAGAGACGCGCGACAUGAACGGCCACACCGACGACAUGGAGCAGGCGGGAGGUCAACAUGCUGUCCAAGAGCGUUUGGGCGCGCGAAAGCUCAUCAAUCGGACGGAGUUUGUGCGGCUAUUAGAGCAGGCCCUGCAUCGCCUUGGCUACCCUGACGUGGCAACCUUGCUCGAGCAGCAAGCGGGCAUCCCCAUGCAGCCUCCCUCCGCCAGCCAGUUCCGCUGUGCCGUGCUGGGCGGGCGGUGGGGCGAGGCGCUGGACCUGCUGCCGCAGCUGAGCGGCUCGGAGGAGGUGCUGCGGGAGGCCAGGUUCCUGAUCCUGCAGCAGAAGUACCUGGAGUGCCUGGAGGGCGGCGAGCUGGCGGGCGCACUCACCGUGCUGCGGCGCGAGAUGGCGCCGCUGGGGGUGGCGCAUGCGCAGCUGCACCAGCUGGCGGCGCUGCUGCUGUGUCCCUCCGGCGGCCCCCCCGCCUCCCGCACCAGCUGGCUGGGGGGCGGCGCAGCGCACCGGGGACACCUCAUGCAGCUGCUGCAGUCCAAGCUGCCCCCCCAUCUGCUGCUGCCCGAGGGCCGACUGGAGGUGCUGGUGGAGCAGGCGCUGGAGGCGCAGCUGUCCCGCUGCCCCUACCACAACUCCUGCGAGGGGCGGCUCAGUCUGCUGAGCGACUACCAGGCGGGGGUGGAGUGCCUGCCAACAAACACAGUGCAGGUCCUCACUCGCCACUCGGACGAGGUGUGGCACAUCGCCUUCUCACACAACGGCAAGAUGCUGGCGUCGGGGUCCAAGGACCGCACCGCCAUCCUGUGGUCCGUGAGCCUGCCGCCCGCCCCCUUCUCCGUGCUGCACGUGCUGGGGGGACACAGCCAGCCGGUGGCGCUGGUGAGCUGGAGCACCGAUGACAGCGCGGUCAUAACGUGCAGCGAGGAGACGCUGCGGGUGUGGGAUGUGGCCACCGGGCAGCUGAUGCACUGCUUCAGCCACCACCACGACUGCGUCACCAGCUGCGCCUGGCUGCCCCCCUGCAGCCCCCUGCUGGGGACAACAACAGGGGCAGCAGCAGGGGGGACGGGAGGGGGGGCAGCAGCAGGGGGGACGGGGGCAGCAGCAGGGGGAGCAGCAGGGGGGGCAGGGGGUGCAGCAGGGGGUGCAGCAUCAGGGCCCCAGCAUCAGCGGCGUCUGUUCCUCAGCGGCGGUGCGGACCGCUCGCUGGUGGUGGCUGACGGCGGCAGCGGGCGGGAGCUGCAGCGGUGGAAGCGGACGUACAGGGUGCAGGACCUGGCCCUCACCCCCGACGGCGGGCUGCUGGCGCUGGCCGCCUCCGACCGGCGUGUGCACCUGCUGCGGCUGGGGGACAUGCGGGAGGCGGCACUGCCGCCCGAGUCCUGCCCCAUCACCUCCCUCGCCCUCUCCCCGGACGGCCGGCACCUGCUGGUGGCGCUGCAGACGGGCGAGGUGCACCGCUGGGCGCUAGGAGGGGCGGCGCAGCGCUUCGUGCCGGCACUGGACACGGGCCCCGACCCGCUUGACUCACUGCCCGCCGAGCCGGCCGCGGUGUACCGCUUCGGCGACGGCAAGCCGGGUCGCUUCGUGCUGCGGUGCGGGUUCGGGGGCAGCGAGGGGACGUUCGUGGUGCACGGAAGCGAGGACUGCAUGGUCUACCUGUGGCACCGGGACAGCGGCGAGCUGCUGCUCAAGCUGCCCGGCCACUCCGCCACCGUCAACGCAGUGGCCUGGAACCCCGCCUACCCCUUCAUGAUGGCGUCAGCCGCGGACGACCGAACCAUUCGGGUGUGGCUGGC